UCGGGGCAAAGGGGUCGUCACACACGAGCAGCGCAACAGCUGAGAGGCGGUUUCUCUGGUAACCAACUGAGCGCUGUAAACAACAGCCAACAACAUGUCAAAAAAGGAGAAAAAGAAAAAAAAGAAGGGAAAAAAGAAGUCCAAACUCGAUGAUAAAGUAAGCAAAGAAGAGGAGGAGAAAAAUUACUUAGAAGAAGAAGAAGCACGACUUAAAGCUGAACGUGAGGAGCGAGAGAGAAAAGAAAGAGAGAGACUUGAGCAAGAAGAGAGAGCAAGGAUCGCAGCUGAGGACAAAGAACGUAAAGAAAUCGAACUGCCCGAACUCCGACAUAUUCUGGAAGUACAUGAACAUAUCAUUCAUAAACAACUGAAACUACGCAGACAAAAUAUUAAGUGGGCACGCUAUAUGCGGUGCGAUGGGACUCCGGAUCCAGCAAUACUGGAUGAGAUCAACACCUUCAUCAACCUUUCCGCAGAGAAUCCAAUGGUAGAAAUAAAAUUCUUGCUGGAGGAAUGUAGGACGAUUCUAAAACUGAUAAAUGAAUUGGAGUCUUUAUUAAUCGACACUCCCGCGAGCGAGAUGGACAGCCCCAUUGUGCUUCAGCACCAACGCACAAUUGUAUAUUUACAGGAACUCGUCUCCCAGAAAAAUGACAAAGUCACUGAAUACUUCUUACAGAACGCUGUUUCCCUUGUUGACAUCGAGACAGGGAACAUGCAGGAGGUAGUCGGAGAUGAGAACGUUACUCAGUGCGUGUGGGCAAACCUCAACAAAAAUCCCAGAUUCAAGGGCUACGAUUUCCAAGAAGCCAAAAUGGAAUUUGAGCUUCCUAAAGCCCUGACGAUGUGUGACAUUGCGGUGAGGAUCAUGCAUGUGCAUUAUGACCAUCUGACUUGCCUUGAGCCUGUUUGCCAGAUGUUGACAAAUAGUAACACAAAGGUGAAGGUCGGGGUACACGCAACGUUUGAAGAAAAUAUGCACGCAGACAAUGAGCUAUCUGACGAUGACACAAAGCAGACAACUCAGUCAGACAAGUCCAAGCAACUUUUAUCUGUCAGCAGUCCAGAUGACACAAAAAGCCAGACGCCAAGCAAAGAGAAAGUAAAUGGAAUCCGGGAUGUGAAAACACCGACGCUUGAAGCGGAAAUCAUUUCAAAUGGAUUAAUAACUCCGUCACCAACAGACAGGGAGAAGCAUCUGUUGCCACAUUUACCUGUUGGUAUGGGUGUCACUCCACCUAUGUCUCAGCACGUGACUCCACCUCAGUCCAGGCCUUUGACUCCACCUAUAGAUUUGGAGGACGGGUUUACAGCUGACCUGAACGAGUACACACCUUUAGGUGGCGUGUUUUACUUUGAUGUCCUGAAACUGCCACCUCAGCCCACGUUUAUUAACGGAUGGACAAUCGUACAGGUAUCGGAUACAGGUUUACAAAUGUAUCCGUACCCCUCGGAAAGAGUGAGACAAACCAAUUCAAAUAUAGGCACAGACAUUCCCGAGGAAAGAGAAGGGGAAAUCAUUCUUCCUUCAUUACCAGCCGGGAUAAGGGUCCAACUCCCUAACACUGCGAUGUUCUUUGAACAACCAACACCAGCUCGAUGGAAUCCUGCAGGUAACACGUUCACUCAGUGA